AUGGCUCUCAGCUUCUUUAGUAGUGGCGGGAGCGCCAGCAGCGCCAAGUACUUCGACAUCAGGUUGAAUGAUGAGUAUAUCGUGUUCCGUGGCGGCGAACAUGAAGCCGCCAGUGCGCAUCUGCGGGGCACUCUGGUCCUGUGUUUGUCCGAGCCGCUCACCAUUAAACACCUCCGGCUACAGCUGACGGGCAUGUCGCGAGUUUGCUGGCACCUCCCCUCCAGCGCAGCCGCCGGUGGCCGAAAGUCAUGGCGUGAACGUGUGUUCUAUGAGAAAACGUGGAAAUUCCGGGACCUACCCAAAGGAAAAACCGAGGUCCUCCCUGCUGGCAACUAUGAGUACCCCUUUGAUGUGGUACUUGAGGGAUCCAUGCCCGAGAGUGUGGAAGGCCUUGCCGAGACAUGGGUGAUGUACCGCUUCAAGGCCGAGAUCGGCCGCAAGUACGUCAAGGACAUUGUUGCGCGCAAACCGCUCAGGAUCAUACGAACCCUGGAUCCUAGUGCUCUGGAGCUAUCACAUGCAAUGUCCGUGGACAACAUCUGGCCCAACAAGAUUGAAUACUCCAUCAGUACCCCGACGAAAGCCAUCGUGUUCGGAACCGCUAUCCACGUCGAUUUCAAAUUGAUUCCCCUUCUCAAGGGUCUUCGGAUCGGCCAAAUUACGUCACAGCUGAUCGAAAGCCACGACCUCACCCUCAAUCCGGAAGACCCCGAUUCCAUUCGCAACACAUACAAGACCACAAGGACAAUCUUGAGCGACGAGCAUGAGCUGGAUGAGAAUAACAUUGAGAUCAUCGAUGAAGCGGCGGAAGGAUACCAAUGCAAGCGUAUCCUAGACAUGCCGCAGACAUUGACCCGCUGUCUGCAGGAUACAGACACCAAGGGGAUUAAAGUCCGCCACAAGCUGAAGUUCCGGAUUCAGCUGCACAACCCCGACGGCCACAUCAGCGAGCUCCGGGCUACGCUUCCAGUUUCGAUUUUCAUCUCGCCACACCUUGCCAUCGACGACAACAACAACCUUCUUGGGCAAACCCCUCGAUCUACCCGGAUCGCCGUCGAUGAGUUUGCGCACCAGGCGCCUCCCCUUUACGGUGAGCACACAUUUGAUCAGCUGUAUAGCGAGCUGGAUCCCAGCGGCUAUCGCACACCAGGCCCUGCCAGUAGUCCGGGCACGCCUUUCACUCCUCUCAGUCGCAACAUAUCCACAGAGAACCUCGCCUCCAUGAACGCCCUGACCAACACCGAUAUCUCAGCUUCGGCACUGCACCAUCGUCUCACAAACCUGAACGCAAGUCCGCUCCACCAUCCUAUCACUCCCGGUGCAGUCACUCCUGGCGAGGGCCUGCAUGGAUCUCAAUCCCCAACAGACGGAAUCCCAAUUAAUCGCCAAUUGGGUGUCUCUAAUGACUACUUCGGAACGGCUUCCGGAUCGAACCAUGGCAGUCCAGAACUCUCUCGUCGGCCAUCCGACGAAGUGGAGCCCGAAGCCCUUCCCUCGGGCAUGGCAACUCCCUUCCACCCCCAGUACGACGAGGUAGAGACUCUCAGUCGGGUUCCCAGCUAUUCGACUGCAGUGCGCUGCGCCGUGCGUCCCCGUGACUCUGGUCUCCCCGAUUACAAUGCCGUGAUUGCUAGUAGCCUCCCCACGCUACCAGUCCCACAGUCUCCCCAACAGGCUCAUAUCCGCAGCGGCCGUGCAACCGGACCGGGAACUCCCCUAGAGACUUAG